CUAGACUGAAGUUUCAUGUUACAGGUUAUCUGCUUUAAAAUAAGAGUCAUCUAGAGUGUUCCAGUGAGUUUUAAAACUGCCACGCUAUUGGUAGGAUUACAGCCAAGACUUCACUGCAUUUUCUGCCAAAAUUUGUAUCAGAUUGAAGACACAUGCUUCUUCUGCAGGCUUCCAUGAAGGCUAUGAAAAAAGUUUUAAUACCAAGUUGAAUUGCUGCACUCGGCAACUCAAAAUAUUGGCUGUUGGAAUACGUUCUUUAGAAGGAGCUAUAUUGUGGAGCACGAGACAUGCCUGAUUUUGAAAUCUUCUGGACAUAAAAUGGAUUGGGGGGGGGGGACUUUGCAUUUUCAGGUGGGAAGAAUUUUUUUUACUUCAGGAACUUCACAGUUAAUUUUGAGAGCUUAAGAGCAUAAAAUUUUUCCCCCCCUCCUAAUCUCUCCCCUACAAGAUCACUUCAUCAAAUACUUUGAGUAGUCGAGGCAGUUACAUUGAAUUUGCUUGCCAGUGAGUGUUUGCUUUUUCAACUGGAAAAUUUGAGGGUCUAGAGAAAACAUUUUGAAAACUUACUUUCUGCAAGAGAAAUGAAUUUUGAAACAGAUUCCUCUGGCUGUGAGACACCAGCUUCUUAAUAUUCUGUGGACAUUUUUAAAAAAAUCAGAAUGUACACACAGUGGGCAAUUGUGAAUAUUUUCAUGGUCUCCUAUCUGCAUCUCCUGCGGGGAUCUAAUUAUCAGCAUGGACCUGUGAAGCGGGCCCCUCAGUCAUUGUUAGAGCGCUCAGAAGAGCAGAUCCGGGCCGCAUCUAGCUUGGAGGAACUCCUCAGGAUCACUCACUCUGAAGACUGGAAGCUGUGGAAAUGUCGACUGAAGCUCAAGAGCUUAGCUAGUAUGGACUCCCGCUCAGCAUCCCAUCGCUCCACCAGAUUUGCCGCAACAUUUUAUGACAUUGAAACACUUAAAGUUAUAGAUGAAGAAUGGCAGAGAACUCAAUGUACUCCAAGAGAGACCUGUGUGGAAGUAGCCAAGGAGCUUGGGAAAAGCACUAACACUUUCUUUAAGCCCCCCUGUGUGAAUGUAUUCCGGUGUGGAGGCUGCUGCAAUGAAGAAAGCCUCCUUUGUAUAAAUACAAGCACAUCAUAUGUUUCAAAACAGCUUUUUGAAAUAACAGUGCCUUUAACAACUGUACCCGAAUUAGUACCAGUUAAGGUUGCUAACCAUACAGGGUGUAAGUGCCAAUCAGCUACUCAACAUCACCCAUAUUCCAUCAUAAGAAGAUCCAUCCAAAUCCCUGAAGAGGACCGUUGUCCCAACACCAAGAAAGUCUGUCCGGGUGAAUUGACAUGGGAUAGCAAUAAAUGUAAGUGUGUCACACAGGAAGAGAGUCCUCUCAAUGGGAUGGAAGAGCACUUCCAUCUUCAGGAACUGGCUAUUUGUGGGCCCCAUAGGAAAUUUGAUGAGGACCAGUGUGAAUGUGUCUGUAAAAUGCCUUGUCCUGAUGAUCUCAUUCAGAACCCAGAGAACUGCAGUUGCUUUAAAUGUCGAGAAAGUAUGGAGAGCUGUUGUCAGAAGCAAAAAAUAUUCCAUCCAGACACCUGCAGCUGUGAGGACAGAUGCCCUUUUCACACCAGGACGUGUAUAAAUGGAAAAUCAAUGUGCACAAGGCACUGCCGCUUUCUGAGGGACAAAAAAGGCCCCCAUGCGCUCCAUGGCAGAAUAAAUCCUUGAUACAAUUUUUAUCCCUCUCCAAACUCCUACCUUUCUGGGUUUUUGUAAACAAUGUGCUGCUUUGCCAAAUUGCUGUCACUUUCCAAGUGUUAGUAAAAAUGAGUCAACAUCUACUUCACUUAGCAAGAGUGAAACUAGUACACAUUCAUUUAUUCCACUAAAUAAGCUGCCAGGAAUGGAUUCACUGUGAUGCUGAGUAAUUGUCCACUGCCAGAGGAUGCUCAUGGGGGUGAAGGACUGGAGAAGAAGCCCACUUGGAGAAUUUUUUUUUUUCAAGGAACAAAUUAAUUUGCAAUGGAGUGAUGGUUACUAUCCAAUUGUUAAGGAAAAUGGACUAAACCUUUGCUAACUGCAACUCUUGUGAAAUAUUUGGAUUCUCUCUUGUACAGAAUUUGAUUUGUAAUAUGUUCAGCACUGAAUUUUUGAUCUACUGUCCAGCUUAUGAUUAUUGAGUUUCUUGAACUACUGCCUGAUAGAUCAUAUUUAAAUAUAUUUAAGUAAAUACAUGCAUCAGUUAUUCAAGCUACAUAUUCUCAUAUAGUAUAGCAGUUUUCCCAGUUCUAAAAUAAGGCAACUGAACUAGAUUUGAUCUUCUUAAUCUUUUCCAUGUCAUGACCCCUUUGGCAAGCCUAUGGAUUCCUUCUCAGAAUGGUUUUUCUAUGUAUAAAACAGAAUAAUAUAAUUAUAAAGAAAAUCAGUUAUACUGAAAUACAGUUCUAAAUUGUUUUUUAAAAUUCACAGACUCCAAGUUAAGAACUCCUGGAUUAGAUCACCUCUAAGGAUUAUGAUUCUAUGAUUCCAUUCUCCCCCAAAUGUCACAAGGGUAAGCCUAUGUUCAGUUCUAAGCACUCAGUUUUUGUCCUGGUACUUAGUUUUCUUCUGGGCCUGUCAACCUUUUUUCGCUCCCCUACUUCUUCCCUGAGUUAUGGCAAGCACUUAAAGCCUACCUAUUCCAACUGUGAUAUAAGGGAAGAAACUGAUGAAAUAGUGAACUCAUUGAAUCAGAGAUAAAAGUAGUGAAAACCAGAAGAAGGUACGCAUAUGAAGAUUUGUGAAAUUUUUCUAUUCUAAGGACCUAGCCUAUGCCCCAGGGGGUAUUGACCUUACAUAAGGAUUCCUAAGACCUAAAUUAUAGGCUGGUUCCUUUCCUACAUAGAUUUAUUCUAGGACAAACUUGGUCAACAAGUAUAAAAAAGGUAGCGGUAUUACUUCUUCCAUCAGACAAAUGGGGUUACAUCUAGGAUUUAUCAUAGUUCUAAGAUAGUUGUCCUUGAGGGACAAGUUUGGGGGUUUUUCCCACUUCUUUUUAACUCCCUACAUUGCUUCUUUCUACAAAGGUAACUCAAUAAAUGUUGAUGUAGGCAAUUUAUUCCAUUAAAUAAAACACAGAAAGAUUUAUAAAGGAUGUGAUUGAUAUAGUCAUAAAGAUUAGUGUUUGAAUUUCUCAAACUCAUAUCAGCUGGCAGGACAUGGUGGUGCACAUCUGUAAUUCUGACUACCGGGGCAGACUGAAGGUGGUAGAUCAUUUGAAUUUGGGAGUUCUGACCUGCAAUGAGGCUUAAGACUAUUAGUGAUUGAAUUCAGUCUGGUGCCAAUAUUGUUAGCCCCUGGGAGUGAAGGGAGUGGAGGCUGCCUAAGCACAAAGCUGCAAACCAGCAGAGACAGACAGAAAAAAAAAAGAACAGGUUAAAGCUGGUAAGCCAAGCAGUGUUGGGAUCAGGUCUAUGAGUGGUCACUGAACUUCCAACCUAGGCAAGAUAGGGAAAUCUAAUCUCAAAAAAUUAAACAAAACAAAACUUUC